AUGCCGAAACAUCGUGGAACUCCAUCUGCGCCCGACCGGAGAUUGCGCCCCAAGGAUGUCGAACCACCAAAACGCGAUCAUCGCGCGUGUGUUGAGGACGCAGAUGAUGAUGAUGAUGUUGAACCACCGAAAUGCAACCGACGUGCGCAUAUUGAGGAUGCAGACGAUGACAAUGAUGUUGUUGAGAUCUUCGAGUCUGAUAAUGAGGCCACGGAGAAGGUCCGGGCAAAGAAGAAGGAAUUGGUGACACCUGAGGAAGAGCUGAGCGAGAUGCAGAAAGACUGGACAGCGACAGCCUAUGCUUUCUAUAAGCCUGAAGUCACUAUUGAGACAGAUAAGGUGGGCAUGAAGGUGAAGCGAUGGCUUGAUAAAGGAGAUCGAACGUCGAUGGGGAACAUGCAUAGACAUAUCCGGAAGUGCUGGGGUGAGGAGGCUUUGGCAGCGGCUGAUGAGAUGAACACGGCAGCCGAUGCGCACCCAUCUGUUGAGAAGUUCAGAUGGUCAGAAGAUAUCACCGCGGCAUUCGAGCGCAAAGGGAAAGGGAAGAUAACUUACUCUGCAUGCCAGCACACAUGCACCGAGACCCGGGCGGAGAUUGUGCACUGGGUCUCGGAAAGCCUUCGCCCAUUCACGAUCGUUGAGGAUCGUGCAUACCAGUCUUUGAUGAAAACGGGUCGGCCAGAAUAUUGGAUCCCCUUGCGCUGGACGGUAGCACGAGAUGUGCACAAAGUAUUCGCGUGCUGUCGGGCACGCAUCGCGAAGAUGCUGCAGGAGUACGAUGGCGAGUUGAGCUUCGCCACCGAUGCUUGGACCUCACUGAACCAUAAGGCAAUCGUCAUGUUCACGGUCCACUUGCAGCAUAAGGGUGUGCCACUCCGAAUGGUCCUUGAUGUUGUCAAAGUCGCAGACUCCCAUAGUGGCAUCAACCUUGCCACUGCAUUUGCGAAGAUGGUGGAUGAUUUCAAAAUUGCUAUAAAGAUGCUCGGCAUCACCGCGGACAAUGCGUCGCCAAAUGAUAUCAUAAUCGACGAGCUCACCGAGUUGAUCGAGUCGUUCCAAGGCCAGGCAAACCGUGCGCGAUGUUUCGACCACAUCAUUAAUCUCAUGGCCAAAGGCCUGCUGCACCAGUUCGACGUCCCACAGAAUGAAGCUGAUGCGGCACUCGAUGACGCUGAAAAUGCUCUUCACGAGCUGGCAAAGGAUUUGGAACUCGGAGUGGGAGAAGGAGGUGAGGAGAGGGAGCCACUGGAUGAUAUUGAGGGCCUCCAGGAUGAACGCGAGGGGAUGUCCAUGGAGGAUCGCGCAGUGCUUGAUGCAAGCGUGCAGCCUGUUAAGCUCGUUCUUGUUAUGUUGCGUAAGAUCGCGUCUGCGAUCAUACACUCAUCAACGAAGCUCUUGCCGGCUUGGUUGAAGGUGCUGGCAGACUUGGAGCUGGCAGAGAGAAAGAUGCCUUGGGAUGUUGUCACGCAAUGGAACUCGACCUUCCGGAUGUUGGAAUUUGCACUGAAGUACUGGCUGGCAGUCGAUGAGAUGACAGGAGACAGAGCGAUGGAGCUGUGA